GGAGGAGCGCGCACCCCGGUACUCACCGACUCGUCGCCCGGCGGGCGCGGGGCCUGGCGCAGGCCGCGCUUUUAAAGCGCCGGGGGGGCGGGGCAGGCUCCGGCAGCCGCAGGCUCGGCCCCUCGCUGCUGGCGCCGGUGUGGGAGCGGCGCACGGACACCCGCUGCUCGGGCCCGGCGGCGGGCGCGGCGGCCGGGGGAGCUCCCGGGGGAGCUCCGGCAGGCGAGUGGUCGCAGGGGGCUGCGGUGCGAGCUCGUCCCUCGCAGCCGAUCAGCGCGGAGCUGGGAGUAACCAGCUGCGCAGAGGGUGGAUGCCACAGUGCCUCGGGGGGCCUGUGUCAGGGGGAAGGCGUGUCUGUAGCCUGUAAUGGUGGAGAAAAGAGAGAAUCCGCCUGCCUUGUCCAUGAGAUUUAUCGCCGUGGAGAUUCGUUUUCACAUGCAGCUCCACCUAAGCCCAACCCUCAUUACAGGAGGCGGUUUGCACGCUUAAUUGUUCAGACUAAUCUAAGAGCACAUUAACUCAUCCUGGACGGUUGCCCCUGAUUUUACACAUCAUGCCCACACUGCCUCGUUGUCAACGGUAGCUGUGAAUAACAGAUAUGUGGUCACUGGAAGCAGAGAUGAGACAAUCCAAAUCUAUGACAUGAAAAAGAAGAUAGAACAUGGGGCACUGCUGCAGCACAAUGGCACAAUAACUUGUUUGGAGUUCUAUGGUACUGCACAUCUACUGAGUGGGGCUGAAGAUGGGCUAAUUUGUAUCUGGAACACAAAAAGAUGGGAGUGCCUGAAAUCCAUUAAGGCACAUAAGGGGCACGUGACAUCUCUUUCUAUCCAUCCUUCUGGGAAAUUAUGUUUGUCAGUAGGAACAGAUAAAACAUUAAGGACUUGGAAUCUCGUAGAAGGACGAUCAGCCUUUAUCAAAAACCUGAAGCAAAAUGCCCACAUAAUUAAAUGGUCCCCUAAUGGAGAGAAGUACGUGACCGUAAUAACAAAUAAAGUGGAUAUCUACAAACUUGACACAGCUUCAAUCACUGGCACUUUCACAACAGAGAAGAGAAUUUCUUCACUUAGGUUUAUUACAGAUUCUAUCCUUGCCAUAGCUGGAGGUGAUGAAAUUAUAAGGUUCUACAGCUGUGACUCUCAAAAAUGCCUGUGUGAAUUCAAAGCUCAUGAAAACAGAAUAAAAGAUAUCUAUAGUUUUGAAAGAGAAGGACAGCACGUUAUUGUUACUGCAUGCAGUGAUGGUUACAUUAAAAUGUGGAAUCUGGAUCUUAAUAAGAUUAAAGAUGGGCUGUCUUUACUGUGUGAAGUCAAUACCAAAGCUAGACUGACGUGUCUUGCAGUAUGGCUUGACCGAGCUUCAGAAAUUAAAGAAACUUCUGAUAAGGUUGCAACAUCAUCUCAAGCAAAUGAAGAUGAAAAACCAUCAACAGUCAGGAAAAACAAAGUUUGUUGGACUGAUAAAAGUGGUAAAACAGCAAAAAGAAAAAGAAAAAUUGCUCUAGAGAAGCAAAAAUUGGAAGCUCCACUGCAAAAGAAGAAAAAGAAACGGAAUAGCUCAGCGUGAAGGCAGCUACUUUCUCUCCCAGAUAAAAAGUAGAUGCUGAUGUUGCUGUAGUUUUUAUAAGGAUAUAAACCUCUGGCAAGACAUAUACCUCUGAACUGAUCUGUUGUUUAAAAGUAAUGAAUGUUUUUACCCUAAUAAAUGGCCUCAUCAUUCUGGGAAGUCGCAAAAGACAUGGCAACUUUUCCUAAGUGAAUGAGGCAAAAAUAAAUUAAUAAUAUGUAAUGUUUAUAUUUUCCUAUUAACAAUAGCAUACACUUUUUAACUGGCUCUGGAAAAGCCAGGUAAAAUGAUAAAAAAUGCUGCAUCUGUCUCGGUUACAUUUUUGUCUCACUUAAAUGCAUAUUAAAAACACAUAAACUUUUUA